AUGGCACCGCUGUUAGUUACUACCGCUACUUGUGUGUGUCGUGACGCCCCACUGAAAGACAAAUCGCUUCAGGAGGUGGCUGGAAAUGGACUUCGAGAGGCUAACGAUCCUCCUUCCUACAAAGUUAAAGUGACAAAUUCCAAGGUUUCCUUCAAAUCAACUAGUAAGGGAGCAAAAAAGCUGGAGCCUCUUGAAUUUCAGAAGGUGAAUGAUAUGUACGUCAUUGAGGAAUCGGAUGUGAUUGCCUUCUCUCUUUCACAUAAAAAGGACCCCACUUGCUUAGCCUUGAAAUUCAACGACACUAAUUCGAGAAAAAAGUUUCAGACCCUGGCGAAUACCAGCAUUUCAAACACCAAAAAGUCGAAGUCAAAGGAGAAAAAGAACAAGAAUAAGAAGGAGAAGAAAAAGAAGUCCAAGUCUAAAGAAGCGCAGCAGAACAAGGCGUCGGAAGAAAGUAAACCUGAAAGCACUUUGGAACCGCCACGUGAGAGGUCUGGCAAUUCAACAGUCACUAUGAGCGACGUGAAAGCAUCGCAACGAUCUCGCCGACCUUCAUCAUCUCGGACGAUUAAUGACGAAGGGAGACAAUAUCGCAGAUCGCCGUCUGUAAAAGAUGGAUCUAGCGUGUGUUCUCAUUGUCACCAGAAACUUCCCAACAGAAUGAUGGCCAGCAGGAUAGAAUACGAUCCUCCUCAUCAUUUGCAGUCACAUUCACCACGGUCACAAGCCAGAUCCUACAACUUCAGUCGGAGUAGUAGUAACGGUAGUGUCUACUAUAUUGGACCACGAAAGAUGUAUCAUAGAUCUCACAUCAGAGAUUCGCCAAGUGAUGCGUGGACCAAUGAGAGUACUGAGAGUUUAUCCACCUCCAUAACAACUACCCCUACUGAUGGGCACUUCGUGAAGGUUGACAAAGUACCUUAUAGGACGCCAGUGUCCUAUCGUAAAUCGUCACCACGACUCAAGACGUCUGUUUUGGAACCCACCUCAAAGCGGCACAAUUCUAAACGCAGUAAAUCUCAACCAAAUGUAUUCUACCUAUGGGAUUCUAGCAGUGAUGAAGGGGAUGAAAGUGACGACUACCGAUCUAACUCAACUUCCUCGGAUGACAGUGUCAGUUCUUACAACAAUGUCAUUCCCAGCGUUGAAUUUGCUCGAUCAAAAAAAAUUGAUAAGCUUCUCCAAGAAUUGGGCAAGCCUGGAGCUAUUCGACUGUACUGA